GCUACAGGUAAACGACAUCACAACGCAAACUAGAUAAUAUACCGUACAUUCCCCAUGCACUGCAGUUGGGCCAAAUGCGGUGACGUUUUUUUCUCUCGCGGCAUAUAUCACACAGCGGAUACACUUUUGCAGAUUAACCAUGACUGCUAAACGACUUUAUUAGAUUCCAAAGUAGACACGUAGGUCCCUCUAAGUUAAGAUGAACAUUGAUGACAAGCUGGAGGGGAUGCUGCUGAAGUGUGGUGGGGGAGUGGAUGAGAGGGUGGGGUUAAGUGGUGGAGGUCCAGUCGUCAUGACCCUGGGCGAGCGGGGGUUAGCCCACCACCCCCUGUUAGCAGACGAGGAUGAUGAUGACCUGACAGGGGUUUCAAUGGUGUCCCAUGACCUGAUCCCAACUGAUGAGAUGGUGGUACAUGAGGAGACUGUGAAGAAUGGCAGGGAAGGGGGAACGAAUCAGAGACUCUCACACAAGCUGCCUGUAAGCAUCAAACAAGAGUUGAAGCUGACUUCUGAUCAACUAAUGCUGGGGAAGAAAGAAAGAAAACAGCCCCGAGACCUCACAGAGUGUCACAAGAAGAAGAAGCGAAAGCAGCGCUCUCCUGCCAAGAUUCUCACCAUCAAUGAGGAUGGGUCAUUGGGUCUCCAGAGUCCAAAGUGUCAUGUGUGUGUGCACUGCAACGCAGCCUUCCGAACCAACUACCAUCUACAAAGACAUGUCUUCAUCCACACUGGUGAGAAGCCAUUUCAGUGCAGCCAGUGUGAUAUGCGCUUCAUACAGAAGUACCUUCUCCAGAGACAUGAGAAAAUCCACACUGGUGAGAAGCCCUUCCGCUGUGAGGAGUGUGGCAUGAGGUUCAUUCAGAAAUACCACAUGGAGAGGCACAGAAGGACCCACAGUGGAGAGAAGCCCUAUCAAUGUGACUACUGCCACCAGUACUUCUCCAGAACUGACCGGGUUCUAAAGCACAGGCGCAUGUGCCAUGAGAUGAAGGAGAGGAAAGCCCACAAGGCUGCAGCAGCGGGGAAAGAUGGAGGACUCCUGCGCAACACAGAAUCUCUGGGCUUUUCCUUCUCUGCCAAAGAGUGCUCACUGCCCAAGAAGAAACGCUUGAAGACUUCAGACAAGUCUCAAUGCUCUCUCUCAGCUGCUGCCACUGAAGACGUUGCCACGGUCGCUUCUCUUGGCGCCAUGGAUAAGGAGGUGGAGCAAAGACAGAACAAAAUCGAAUGUCUACCUCUCUAUGCGGUUACCUCCAAGGUGGUCAAAGAUGAGUAUGUGGUGGCAGAUUAUUCUGUGGAGCUUCCAGACUCGUCCGGCGAGCAGCAUUUGGGGCUGGGUGGGGAGAAUCUCUCCUCUGAGGAGAUUCAUCCUCCCAAGCUGGUCCUUAAGAAGGUCCCCAAGAGGAGUCUGAAGCAACCAACUGAACCCGAACCACCUGUGAGUCUGUCCCCUUUGUCCUCUUUUGAAGAUGGCAAAAUCACCAGGUACACGUUUGAGAUCGUGGACAAACAAGGUCUUCUGGAUGUGGAUGUGGCCAAUUCUGACCUGGAGCCAGUAGAUGCUCUCCAAGGAGGGCAGACGAAACCAGCAUCCAGCAGCACAAACUACGACGAUGCAAUGCAGUUCCUGAAGAAGAAGAGGUAUCUCCAGCAGGCCACUUUGGCCAACAACUGCAAUUACACCCUGAAUGUAAGCAGCAUCACGUCCCAGCCUUCCAUUAGACAAGCCGCAGUGGCCAAUGUCAUCGACGAAACCGUUCCCGCCACCAUCUUGGAACCCCAGCCGUUGAGCGUCGAGAUCAAGUCCAACCACGACAAGAACGUUCUCCCAGAUGAGGUUCUCCAGACUCUCCUGGACCACUACUCAAACAAGGCCAAUGGGCAACCUGAUAUCUCCUUCAGUGUGGCUGACACGGAGGUGACCUCCAGCAUCUCCAUCAACUCCUCGGAUGUGUCUGAGGCCAGCCCGGUAGAGAGCCUGGGAGGUAACCCUCAAGCCCCACCAGCAGAGAAGUCUAGCCUCCUGCACGAGUACUCAAAGUUCCUUCAGCAAGCACUGGAGAGGACCAGCCAGAACGAUAGCUACUUGAGCAGCCAGAGUCUUACCUUUGUCACUGAGAGCCCCAGUCUCUCCAACCAGCCUCUGUUCUCCACAGAGAAACAGAACCCUUCCCCCAGCAGGUUUACCACUGGUAGGUCAGGGAUGAACUCUCCACUACGCUCUACCUUGGAGAAACCCCAUUUUGGACUACUUGUAGGGGAUUCCCAGCACUCUUUCUCAUUUUCAGGGGACGAAACGACCCCCUCGGCUGUGUCGCCAACCGAAGACUUUCUGGAGGAAGUUGCAUCCUCGAAAAAGACUGAUGCUCAAGGGUUGCAUCAGACUUUUCAAAUCAGCACCUUCGAUCAGAACUUCCGGUCACAGUUCCAGGCCUCAUCACGUUCUGGAAUCACCUCCCAAUUUACUAUUGCCAAUGGACAAGUCAGUCUGCGAAGUCAUGGAACAGACUUCUCUGAAUUCUCCCUUGAGACGAGGUCUCAAUUGAACUCUUCCCCUGAUGCUACAAGGAGUCAAACAUUUGGUUGAGGAUAUUUUUUAUAUUUCUGCGAUCAUUUUGGAAGGCACUUUUAUAUACAUAUCCUCUGUUCUGCCAAAAUAGGUUGCACUGCAAAGGUGGCUGUUGCUCAAAGCAUUUGUGAUAAAAAAAAAAAAAUAUAUACUUUUCUGUUAGAUUAAAAUGGUACAUUUUGGUAAUCAUUAAAAUAGGGGGAAAAAUAUUUAUCUGUAUGAGAAGCACUUUCCCAUAUGUAAUUGGGUUGCGGGGGGAAAAGCACUCAUGGGGUUUAUUAGAUUGUAAAUUAAGAAAUGUAAGCCACAAAGGUGUAAUGAAAAGGAUUUGGGUGUAUAGUAACUCUUACAUUAUAAUUAUUUCUCUGUUUUCAAUUUCUAAUCGACUUUAAUCAUGUUUCUUCCACCUUUCUUUUUCUUGCUUUAACUCUCACCAGAUAUCUGGGCCUGUAUUUAUAAAGUGUCUCGGAGUAGUAGUGCUGAUCUAGGAUCAGUUUUUCCUUUUAGAUCAUAAUGAAUAAGACUGUAUGAAUGGGGGGGGGGGGGCUGGUUGCCUGGCUACCCAUCAACAUUGCUUGCCUCCCCCAAUGAUUUGUAGAAUGCAAGCACAUUCUGACCAUUCUAAUUCGUCCCAGAAACCAAUUAGUUGUGCUAGGGCCAGCCAAUGUGACGUUAUCAUCUUUGAUACUCUGAUUAGAUUUGUUAGAUGACCCAAUCGCCUAUGAAUUUGUUUUGUACAACUCCCCUCAUUUUGAAGUUACACAAACAACUUCUAGGAUGUAAGUUUCAGACAGAAUGUAUGUAGCGAUCGAUAGGGCAGCGGAAAUAAAUUUGGUGAGUCAUCAGGCAGGUGGCUGGUCCUAGAUCAGCACUCUUACUCUGAAGCCCUGUUACCGUAGGCCAUGUCAACAUAACAGUUCUGACAUUCUUCUAAAGUCAUGCUAUAUAGCUGCUGAAUGUAGUGUUGUCCACUUGUUGAUAAUGUACAGUACACCUGCUGUAUGACCUUUUCAUUUCAGUUUAUCUGAACAGAAUUAAUUUCAAAUAAUUUAUGUAAGGAAAGUUUUCUUCAGUUGCUUGCUAAACUCCUUUUUCAUGGUGUGUAGCCUGAAAUUAGAUUUUAUUUGUAUUUGAUCAUAUGAUGAUUUUGAUUUAAUUAGUCUUAAUUUAGUCACUUGAUUCAAAGCUCUCUAUGGUGGUUGGUGUGGAAUGAAGUACACUACAUGACCAAAAGUAUGUGGACAUCUGCUGGUCAAACAUCUCAUUCCAAAAUCCUGUGCAUUAAUAUGGAAUUGGUCCCCCU